CGGCUGAGGAAAGGCCCGGCGCCGCUGCCUGAGGAAAGCCAUGCCAGUUCUUGAUCUCCAAAACCAGUUGGGAUUUAACCUAGACAGAUGGAUGCUCCGCCUGAGUAGCAAGCAGCCCUUCCAGCAGGCCAGCCUGUGCCACACGUUUGAGAAGGAGUGGCUGGAGUGUUCGGCAGGCAUUGGGUUGACACGUGCCAAGGAGGAGUGCAGGCUGGAGUCUGAAGACCUGGAGGAGUGCAUGACCAGGCGCAAAAUGAUGCAGCGUAUGCGAGCCAUCUUGAAGCAGAGGGAGGUCAUGAUUAAGGAGGGGAAAUACACGCCAUCUGAUUGGCAUGACAAGUGAGAGGUCAGCCACGGAACUGAGGCUGCUGAUCCUCAAGGAGAACGCAGCCCUUGCUCUCCAGGAGCCGAAGAGCUCUGUCCCUGGUAUAUUGUUAAAGAAUGGUUUAGGUGGAACCUUUUAAUUUCUCUUUUUGUUUCUAGCCCAGCCCAUGAAUAAAAUUCUUCUUUGGGGUCUGGAA